CAAGAAAUGCGUUGAAAAGUAAAAAAGGUAAAGUAGUAAAAGGGAAGAUACAUAAACUGAGUUGGUACUACAUGUACCAUCCCCUCCAUUUUAGAAAGGAAUGUGUAUCAAUCCCAUGCUCUAAGUUCCAUAUGGGUGACCCUUUGUAGAUAUGGAUAGUUAGAUAGAUACUGGUGGAUAGGUACUAUACUAGACAGAUAGAUUGCUGUAUCAGAUAGAUAUUACCUAUAAAUAGCCUAUCAAUAUGAAGAAUAAGAGAAGCAGUCCUUCUAAACUGCAUUCUAUUGCUGCCACUGCAAGAUUGUAUUCAGUGAAGGGCAAUUUUGAAUACUCUGGAUGAGCAAAUUGACUUUAUACAGAGAUAAUGUCCUUGGGAUGAGUAAUAGGAAUAUAGUGGUGAGUGGCUUGCAUAAAAAUUUAUCGGGGUAAGAGAUUUAUUUGUGUGGUGUGUGUGUGAAGGGGGGCUGAUUUGCUACCCCCCCCCCAAACAAAUUAUUCCGCGGCCCCAGACUGUGCCCAACAUCGCACUUGAACAAUCGAGGAUGCCGAUUGGCUACUAAGAAAGUGUGAACUACGCGAGGAGAGCCACGCGGUUUGCGGCCGCAUAAUUUGCCCAGAUCGUUCUUGCUAUUCAGCGUUGGGUGCUUACAUAAUUUUACUAGCAGUAUUCAACGAAGGACGCUUUUUACCAACGAUGUCAGACUUUUCAGCGGAGGAAACGCAUGAUCGUGACCCUAACGUAGCUGACUCAAUGGAACUGGAAUCUUCGAGUUCGACACGUUUCAACAGCGGUCACACGGAUCAUUCCACAGUACCAGACCAUGCCGCAAAGAGACGGAAAACAGUCUUUUCUCCAGAGGAAUUGGAGAUUCUCAAUGAGCUGUGGGGCAAAGGGAUGAAGCAGUAUGGGACACCAGAGUCCAAGAGACUGCUGGAGCAGGCGGUGACUUACACAGGGAAGGAUGUAGGGACGAUAAAGAGAUGGAUAGAUAAUAAGAAGGGGUCAACACGGAAGACUGUAGGAGGCAAGAAACAGCAGAAACAGCAGAAACCAACAAUGCGGCAAAGGACUGCUCAUAAUAUCUUUUUGAGCCAGAGGUUGUCAGAGGGAAUACCACUGCCCCAGGCCCACCUGGAAUACAAGACAUUGAAGAGGGAAAAUGGAGAUGCGCUACGGCUCCUGCAAGCUGAGGCAAAGCAGGCCAAGGCUAUUACAAUCCAAGAACUGUCUGACAAAGACAAGAGGCUGCAAGCUCAGACACUCAUCAAGAACUUGAAAGAAAUGGCGUGCAAGUUUAAGGAGUGCGGCCUGGAGAUGGCGGUUUUGCUGUUUCACAAAGAAGACGGGGUGUCUGUCAUCGGGACACCAAAAGGGAGGGACUUCCUGAAAGACCAGGACGAGAAGUCGGCCCUGUCACUUCAAUUCGUGAAAGCUGUGAAUGAUGGAAAUGUCCCAUCCACGGCCUCUGCUUCCAGCAAAAGCCAACUGGCAAAGGAAGUCAGAAGCAUGCUGAACGAGAAGUAUGUGGCUGCUGGCAACAAAGGGAAAUUUCCCUACAAGACCUACAGUGCUGAGGAAGGAGGCAUCACCGUGCACGGGCUGCCGGAGGGGACCUCUGUUCGCCACAUCGCCUCACUUGGGAAGGAAGGCCUUCAGAGGAUCCUUCAAGAACAGGAUAAAAUAACAGUAGAAGUUCACAGCACACCUGCAAACAGCACAUCCACUGCUGGGACAUCCUCGACCACAGGUGCAACCAGUACGAGCAGUGAACCAGCUCCUCAGACCCCGGCUGCUGUACCCAACCCAUCAUCCCCUGGUGCAAGCAGCACAUCUGCAAGAAGAGCUACCGCACCACAUCCUGGUCCAGAAGAGAUCCUCCUGGCGAUUCAGGAUGGCUUUGUUCUGCCACUUGAAGACAAUGCAGCAGACAAUGUCGGAGGAGGAGAAGAGAAAUGCAAGAGAAAGGGGAAGGGAAACGGGAGGCGAAAAACAAGGAAGGGGAAAACAGUGAAGGGGAAGGGGAAGGCAGACACCUACCACCCGGUGGAAGCACUACUGGACAAAAGAGUGAACAACAGCCAGACAGAGUACCUGGUGCACUGGGCAGGGUAUGAUGUAUCGGACAGCUCGUGGGAGCCAGAACACUAUAUCCCACAGUCAAUAAGGGACCACUUUGAGGAGCACUAAAAUACAAGAUGAUAUAAGAUGGUACUACAGCGUUGACACUU